AUGGAAGAAGAAACUGCACGUGCAACUGCAGAAUCCACCACAGAAGCUCUCACCGGAAAACUCCACGAGCUUCUCGCCGAUUCCGACACCGAUGCAAGCCAGUUCUCUUUCGAAGAAGAAGCAAUAGAGGAAGUCAUGCAAGAGUUCUACAAAGAGAUCGUUGCAUGUCCGGCGGAGGAGGAGAAGAUGAUUUCGAUUUCACCUGUGGUGGAGCUCCACCAUGAUGCGGAUGCUGGUGAGUUUGAAAAGGUUGGAGUUGUUGAAGAAUACAAAAUGGAAGAACUUGAAUAUGAAGUUGAUUUUGACGAUGAGUGGCUUGCAAAGGUGCUUAAUUGGAGUAAUCAGAGUAAGGUUGGAGACACUAGUAAUCACUGGUUUUGA